AUGUCCACAACCGUGUUUGUUUCUGGAGCCACUGGUUUUGUUGGACAGCAUCUUGUUCAGCUACUCAUUGCCAAGAAAUAUCAUGUGGUGGGCACAGUGGAAACAAUUGAACAGGGGAACCACCUCCAGAGAUUGUUCAACUCGAAGAAUUUCACGUAUGAAAUUGUUAAGGCCACUGGCGUACCCAAUCCUUUUGCCAAUGCUUUCAAACGGCAUCCUGAAAUCACAGUCUUCAUACAAACGCAGCAGCCCCGGACGCAUGAAGAGCCCAGUGUGAAAACUGAUAUGCUAAAUGUGCUUCAUGCCAUCAAAGACUAUGCCCCCCAGAUUGAGCACGUGGUGGUCACUUCCACCGCAGCCUCUUUUAUCGACACAGGUAGUUUAUAUGAUUCAGCAUGCACCAUAUGUGAAGGCCCAUGGAGCCCCGUCACGUGUGAUCAUGCCGAGAAUCUGCAGACAUUGGGCUGUUUAGGAUUCACAGAGAAAACUGCCUGGGAUUUUUAUGACAAUACGAGCCCGACUUAUACCUUGAGCGUCAUCAGCCCGGCUCACGUAUUUGGGCCACAGGCGUUUGAUGUGGGGUUCGAAGAGAAGCUCAAUUCCGUCGAGAUCAUCAGUGAUAUAUUGAGCAUGACCCCCGAGUCAGAGGUCCCGCUGAUUAGUGGCCAGUUUAUAGAUGCAAGGGAUCUUGCACGAGCAUACUUGGUAAUCUUGGAGAGGAGGUUUUCGCAUAAGCGUUUUUUGUUGAGCUCCGAAAGCUUCAGUGGCCAGGCAAUACUUGAUAUUUUGAGACAGAAUUUCUACUCGUUGCGGAAUGAACUACCCGAAGGCACGCCUGGCGAAGGCAAGAGUGAGAGCCAGGCAGGAAAUUCUACGAUAAGGGAGAUAUUGGGAGAUCUGAUCAUUGAUUUGCAUACGUCGGUGGUAGAUUCCGUGAAUCAGAUUAUGAGAGCACACAAGAAAGAGUACUGUCCUCCGGGGAUGUUUCUUCAAAAAGGGCACCGGGUCUUCCGUGCACCUACGACAUUUGAGUAA